AAUGUUCCGGAAGAUGUUACCCUCCUUGUAAGCAAAGGAAAUUGAAACUUAUGCUACUAAACGUAAUCGAUUGUAAUGUUUAUACACAUAGCACAACAUGGGAUCGGGUCAGUAUCGAUUAUCCUCCAAAAUCAUUUGUGUACUGUGUCAGAAUUCAGACGAAAACGAAAUCACCGGCGCUCUUUCAUCUAAAGAGAACAUUUCAGCACACCAAAACUGUUUGUUGUAUGCAUCAGGGAUCUACUGCAAGAACUCGCCCACCUAUGACGACCUGUUUGGAUUUGCUGUAGAUGAUGUAAAGAAAGAGCUAAGGAGAGGAAAGAGAUUACAGCUCAAAAUACCAACAUUGACUCAACAAAUGAAAUGCUCACACUGUGGGAAACCGGGUGCUACAGCAGGAUGUGAUGUAAAGCAUUGUAAGCACUCGUUCCAUUAUCCCUGCGCCAUAGAGGUCCAUGGCAGACCUGUUGAAGACAGAGCUAAAGGCAGUUAUAUAUUGUUCUGUAAAAAGCAUGAUCCACAAACCAAAAGAACAAGUUCAGUAAAUGGGUCCUCAACUUCCAGUCCCAAUCCCCCAAGAUGUGGAUCAGCUGACAUUCAUGGACGAAAGUUUAAAAAAAGUAAAUCCAGUUCAUCUACAGGGUCGUCAGAAGUGGAAUUGCCCAGACCGAAGAAGAGGAAGUCAUCUGUAGUGGUCAUAGAUUCAGAUGAUGAAAAUCAGUCUCGCAUUGACUCCAUGUUUGUUCAAGUCGAGUCAGAUCUAGACGACAGUACACCUCCAAAACAGCACAAUUCAACUCCUGUGGCUGAGAAUACAAGAUUUGUAUUUUCUCACGGCAGGCCCUGUGAAGAACUCAGCACAUCGACAACCACAGAUCCAGUAAAUCGUGCCUCGACAUCUGGUCUGAAUCACACUACAAAUGGUGGAUCAGCAGACAGAUCAGGACAAUUGCAUGGCAGGAGUGAAUUGUAUUUACCAACAAGGUCACCAGAAGUGGAAACACCGAGAAAGAAGAAAGCAAAGUUGACUUGCAAAAAAUUUCUUGCAUACUCAGAUGAUGAAAUUCAAAGCAGCACUGACCCUGUAGUUGUUCUGGAGAAGUGUACGCCUCCAAAACAGCACAAACAGUCAACUCCUGUGCCUGAAAAUACAAGGUCCUGUGAAGAAUUCAAUCCAUCAACCACAGAAGCUGAUGGUGAUGACAUUGACUCAGAUGUGUCUCAGUGUUUAUUACCAUCUGAUACUUACCAUGUCACUGUUCCAUGUACUAUUAUUAUGGAUUCAGGAUCUUCAAUGGAAUCAGAGACUGGUCUAGAACCUAGUUCACCUUCCAUCCCUGCUGCUGUGUGUACCUCACCUGGGUCUGUUGUUGCAUCUAAACAUGGGGAGAUGCCACCCACAAAAAUAACCUCCCUAGAAUCCAAUGCUCCAACCACCAAUCCUCAUGUCUCAGGUUCUGCUGACCCUACACCACACCAGGACCAUUCAAGCGAUGUUCCUUCGUGUCAGCCAGGGUCUCCCAACCAUUCAAGCUCAAUUGCAAGCAUUCCAGCAGCAUUACCUUCUGCAAUACAACCACUCCCGGCAUCUGACAUCACAACUGAUCACCUACCAGAACUUUCCCAUCCGCAAGGGGCGUCUACCCCACCUGAUUGUCUCGCUGCAGCAGAUGCUUGUAGUGUGGAUGCCAUGGCAAGCUCAGAGUCCAGUGCCACCAUAUUCUGGGCUAGAUGUAAUGAGGCUGGAUGCAUUAAAGAAAUCUUCUCUGAUAUUCUGUCUCAGCUGAGCAGCCUGGGUGAAAGAGUACAUACACAAGAAGCCAGCCACAAGGACUACAAUGUUGCGCUGAAAGUACUGGAGGCAUCUGGACGGCUACCAAGGAUUAUUACUCAACUAGAACGAGACUUGGAGAAGCAGGAACAGGAUUUGCAGAGGAAAAAAGCAGCACUGAGGGAUGCCAGAGCUGUACUGGGUGUUCAAAAUCUAAUCUAACAGUAUUCUGCUGCAUUCAUCUUAUUUCAAAGUAGACAUGGCACAAAGUGAGCUAUAUGACACAGUAAGAUAGUGGAUAUAGAUAUAUGCAUUAUCAUAAUGUUACAUCACCUAAUUCAUAUUCAAGAGACAAGGUGAUAAGGUUUAUAAUGUGUUCUCCCCUCCCCACAUUUCUACUAAGUUUUUUUUUAUUUGUCAGAAUUUCAUCAUUUUUAGCUUAGUGACUACAGUUUUUAAAAGGGGAACAGGGACUACAUGCAUUUUUUAAUUGGUAGGACACCAGUUAUCUUAACGCAGUAACAGUUGUCUCUUAUACAGUAUAAGGUUCCACUGUCCAUAUGUUUACAAAACUCUUAACUUUGGGUUUAAGUAGGAUUAACUUUUAAUUGGAUUACCAUUUUGAGACAUAAAUCUCUUGAAAAGGGUUUAUAUACAAAUUUACAUACAUAUAUUGAUAUUUUAUUAUUAUUAUUGUACCUGUAGUUUAUCUUGGGCACAAUGAGUGUUUGAAUAGAAUAAUUCACCCCGAAAUGCAAAUUCUGUUAUCAUUUACCGACAAAAUAUGCACUGAAAGUGAAUGGUGACAGAGACUAAUAUUUUGCCUAACAUGAGGGUGAGUAAAUGAUGACAUAAUUUGCAUUUUGUGGGAACUAUACCUUUAAAGGGGCAUUCAAACGAAUUGGUGUGGGGGAAAAAAUACACCCUCUCGAAAUAUCAAAAUAACCACUAGGUGGCAGCAGACACCUAUGACGAGCAACAGUUUUCAGUGGAUCGCCAAAAAAGCUUAGGCAAUAAAGGCCAAAUGUUCAGUUACUGCACAUUCAUUAAAUAGUAACUCCCACACAUUUUAUCCAAGAUGGAAAAUUUCUCCAGAAUAUGAAUUCUAACUAAAUGAAUCUAUGCUGUUGUCUGCUUAAUAAUAAAUAGAUACACUUGCUUGCUCUCAA